GCCACCAGCACACACACAGACAUUGAAAUUUUACCAGCCAACGUGAACAGGACAAUCUUCCAGGACGGCAGCUUCAGAAGGACGUGCAGGUACACAGGGUCAACGGCAGUGGGCGAGCUACGUAUACUACACAAUGGAGAUGUUAUAGACUCAGAGACAGAGGGUGAUAGUAUCAUGCUGGACGUUGGCUCCGCCCAGCUGAGCAAUGUCGGGCCCUACACAUGUCAAGUGGUGUUUACAGACUCAACAUCCAUCAGUGCCAGCAUGGGGACCCUGACUGUCGUAGAGCUGACUCUAAUUACAGCCCCACCAAAUCAAUAUGUGGUGGAAGGAGAGGACAUUAGUUUGGAGUGCUCAUUCGACAACACAAACCUGGUGUAUGGGACGGUGAUAAUCACCAUCAGACGAGGGGGGCAGACCACUUCAGUCAUCAAUAGUGCCGCUGUGGAUGACGAGGGAGAAUAUGCCUGUGACAUCAGUCUCAUUUCGCACGACAGCAGCACACAAGUCCCCAUCAUACUCCAUGUCUUCACUCCAAUAAACAUAAAUGACUACCCUGAGAACUACCAGACGCUCUACGGAGUUCAGGAGGCAAUGUUCACAGUUAGUUUCACUGGACGAGAGUCCCAGGGCCUGGAUGUCAGCUGGUUCAAGAACGGGGUACAGCUCUCGGACUCGGAUGAUUACAGCAUCACCACUGCAUUCUCCGAGGAGCUGCGAAGGGGCAACACGUCCAUCCAUUUCCCCCAGAUGAGGAGAAGUGACGGUGGGGUGUACAGAGUCCUGGUGAGCACAGACUUUGGGGAGAAGGUGAUAGGUCAAGACUCAAGGAGAGACGACCAGAGCUUCCAGGUUGAUGUGAUAGUGCCGCCACCCGACCCAGCAGAGUUCAAGGCCGCGGUGGUGAGAGAGCACCAGGUAGAGUUCCAGUGGGAUCUGCCCAUCACCCACCCCGACCAGGACGCCAGCAGUUUCCUGCUCCAAGUCAUCUUCCCCAAUGGCUCCACUGCUGUCUCUGCCAGCCUGGAUGGGUCUGCCCGCAGUACCGUUGUCAACGUGUUCCCCGGGGUACUGUACAAUGCAACACUCAUUGCCAGGAAUGGAGACGGACUUGGGCAGAGCGCUACUUCUUUUGAAACACCUCCAGCUGCGCCAUAUGUGUCGCUGUUUGAGGCUCGAAGGCUGAACGAGACUCACUUCAACAUCUCCAUCUCCCUCCUCUACACCGGCGGUGGGGAUACAACGACAUUCUCUGUCUACUUCCGUGAGCAGGACUCCAUCGAGUGGUCCUCCGACCCCAUCAUGGUCCUAAUCCUGGACUCACUCCAAGCCCUGGAGUACCACGGGGUAAUCUCGGGGGAAGAGAAACUCCGGGGUAAAGGCCCGCUGGAGUUUGAACUGCGAGUCAAGAAUGGUCGGGGAUUCAUGAACAGGACCGGGUCUGGCCCGGAGAAAUCAGAUCCCCCUGGACCUCCCUCAACCAUUACCGUUGACCAGAUAUCAGACACAUCAGUCAGACUCGACUUCAAGCUCCCUGAAGAGGGGACGCCCCCGUUCAUCAACAUCAUUCUGGAGUUCUCAAAGCCGCAGGUGAUGGAAAGGAACUUCUCGGGGACGUACUACCCUGGGCAGAAUGUGAUGAAAGAGGUGAGGGAUCUGAACCCAAAGACUGCCUACAGACUCAAGGCCAGAGCUGUCAACUAUGCCGGGAAUGGAACAAGUAGUGAAACAAUCGAUUUUGAAACCACUGAUGAUACUCCGUCUACAGCCACGCCCACUCCUGACGAAUCCACUAUGGAGUCACUGAUGAUGCCCAUCAUUUAUGGAGGAGCUGCUGGUGGAGGAAUUAUUAUCCUCAUCAUUCCCCUGAUGGUCUUCUGCUGCUGCUGCCACUGUCACUUGAAGAAAAGACAACAGAAAGUUAGGAAGCCGGCUAAAGGAGGCCAGGAAGCCGAUCCAGAAAGUGGAGAUGACUCUGAGAAGGAGACGAAAGGAAGAAAGUCUCCAAUUCCGCCAUCAGAGGGACCUCCUUCCUCCACACCCAGCAGUAUCAGUACUCUGGAGAAGAAACCUUGCCACGUGACUAGUGGGAACAUUUACCUCCCUGUACCGCAGCGUGACCACAGAGAGGGUCCGUCACCAACUAACACAGGGAGCAGUGGGAGCCAGAGUCCCGCCAUGAAGAAGUGGAAGGGCCACAACCAGGCAAGCUGCAGCACUCUCAACUCAGCCGGUGGGUCGGCCACUCAGGACUCCUACAUGAAGAAGCCAGACAUUCUCUCGACAACGGAGAGCGAGAUACAGCUGAGCUCUCUGCAGUCCUCACAGGCGAGUCACCAGGUCACCAGAGACAGUCUGGGUUACUACAGGAGACAGAAGGGGAUCAACCCCAGCAUCAGCAGUGGAGGCAGCGAAACCACCACUGAGACCACAGAGAGAUACCAAACCACUCCCUUCCUCCAAUCUUCUCUAUACUCAUCCAGUCAGACCAUACCAUUCACUCCACAGGGGUUGUCCUACGCCUCCCUGUCCUACAGUGACCAGACCCCAACUCAGACUCACUACACCCCCGAUCAGCAGCCACAGAGUCAUUGCACGGACGUCUAGCACCAAUGUUAUAGCCUCAAGCAGAUCAUAUCUCCAUGUAUUACUCAACACAAACAGUAUCAACAUCGCGUGUGGUUGUGUAAUUCAUCACUAGGUUAUAAUUCAUAAAGUUUGCCCAAAUUUUUUCUUUGCAAAGUCUCAUUUUCACUUUAAUUUUUACCACUUCUUCCGUUAUAGAGCUGAAAUAUAUUAUUAUAAUAAUAAUAUCGAUGUUGAUAUUACAGUGUGCUGUAUGCAAAAUUCAUUUAAAAAGAUAACCGUUCAACCGUGUCAACAACCAAAGCCAUAGUAAUAGUGAUAGUGUAAACCUUCUUUUACUAUACAGGAUGUGUUGUGUUUCAAUGGUGGGUAGUAGCUGCCGAGCGAAGGUUGACAGAAUCAUAUGCACAGUUUUUCUCACACUUGACUGGUUUAAAGCACUCGUAGACUUGGUUCUUCUGGAGGGGAAUUGGGUCAGAGAUGGAGCUGUAGAUGGCGUGUGACUGCGAGUGAAUUGGGUCAGAGAUGGAGCUGUAGAUGGCUUGAGACUGCGAGUGAAUUGGGUCAGAGAUGGAGCUGUAGAUGGCGUGUGACUGCGAGUGAAUUGGGUCAAAGAUAUAGCUGUAGAUGGGGUUCGACUGCAGCUCUUUGUCUACUUCCUCUUCGACGUGUGCCUUCCUUGCACCUUCUGCUGCGUAUUUAGAAAAGUUUGCAUUUACUCCCAAAAGUUUUGUUUAAGAUUAUUAAGAAAGAUAGUAAGACAGUUGUAGUAAAAACAAUCACCAGUGGUAUACCUUUUCUCAUCAACUUUCGGGAAACAAUAAGUAUGACCAAAAAAGUCAGACUCAGUAGUACUAUUAACCCCAUGACACCACCUGUACAGUAAAGGGGCGGGCAAUACAAUCUGGUAUAUAACUCUAGAUCUGAAGAUAAGUCUUACCAAUAUACCAAAACAGGACCAUGUUCUUCUGAUCAUGCUUUGUGCUUGCUGAAAGAGAAGGCAAAGAGAACCCUCUCUCUCGAAACACAGUGAAGGUGGCACUGAAGCCGUUGACCAGCCAGAAUAUACUGAAGGAUGAGUUAACAACUGAGCAUCUGAAAGUGGCAUUGUCUGAUUCAUAGACUGUAACUCUUUCUGGUUGCUCCAGGAACACUGAGGAUCUCAAGCCUGAAAGAUUAUGAUGUAUUAGUUUUUUUCCCUUCCAAUCCAUGGUUUUUUCUCUACCUGCUGAUCUCUCAUCAUCACCAUAGACUCCAAAAAACACUCCAACAAUGAUGAAGGCGAGUAGAAUC